GGCAUCCUAAAUUCCUCUCACGGCUUCCGUCCACGCCACAGCCUUUUCUCUCCGGUGCUAAAUUGCUUCUUUACUUUCUUUUUUUUUGUAAAAAAAAUUUGCCGGCGUGCACAAAAUCAGACACAAUGGGGUUUGUGGAAGACGAGCUCAAGCACUUGCGCGAUGUUAUCAGCGGCCUUGAUUCGCGCAUCAAGCAGCUUGAGCAGCGCGCUACAGGAUCUACUUCAAUUGACGCAGAGAGCCUUCGUAUGAUCUUGAUCGGACCUCCUGGAGCCGGCAAGGGUACCCAAGCACCAAAGAUCAAAGAGCGCUUUUCUUGCUGUCAUCUGGCUACAGGCGAUAUGCUGCGAUCACAAGUCGCCAAGAAGACACCUCUCGGAAGGGAAGCCAAGAAAAUUAUGGACCAAGGUGGCCUUGUUAGUGACGAUAUUGUCAUUGGCAUGAUCAAGGAAGAGCUUGAGAAUAACAAGGAGUGCCAAGGAGGCUUUAUCCUCGACGGCUUCCCACGUACCGUGCCUCAAGCCGAAGGCCUCGACGCAAUGCUCAAGGAGCGUGGCCAAACUCUCCAGCAUGCUGUCGAAUUACAGAUCGACGAUGCUCUGCUUGUUGCCCGCAUUACCGGACGAUUAAUCCACCCCGCGUCUGGGCGCUCCUACCACACAACUUUCAACCCCCCGAAGCAGGCUAUGAAGGACGAUGUAACCGGAGAACCUCUUAUCCAGAGAAGCGAUGACAAUGCUGAGGCGCUCAAGAAGCGCCUUGUCACCUACCAUCAACAAACAAGCCCCGUGGUUGGAUAUUACCAGAAGAAUGGCAUCUGGAAGGGCCUUGAUGCCAGCCAGCAACCCGGCGAAGUAUGGAAGAAUAUGUUGGAUAUUCUAGAAGGAAAGAAGUCUCAUGGUUCUUCUAUCUUUAGUAAAAUUGCUGGAAGCAGCUAGGCCACUUGAGGAUCAUGUCCUAUAUAUCGCUGCAGAUGGGAAUCUAAGCCUGCCACGCUGAUUCUGCUUACCACUAUCAACCUAUUAAUUUCUCUUGAGAGCUUUUAAUGUAAGAAAACAGCUCCAGAGAUUUUUCUUCUUCUCAUGCAAGACGGGCCCAUGAAGUGAUAAUUGAAUGUCAGGAUUGUGAUAAGAAAUGAUUUCUAUAUAGUUUGCAUGCAAUGUAUAAUAAAUGAUAAUGGCCGCGUUCUAGAAAUGAAGAGUAGUCUCUAAACAGAAAUGAGACUGUAACCGUGAAAGCCAUCUACUUUCUAACGUAUAGGAUAGGAAUACGGCAGCGCUAAACAAUCAACUCUUUGCUUGCAAUACGCCCAGUAAAUGUUGUACUCCCAAAGAGAUACCAUGAUAUACAGACGGAGCUCAGCCCUUUAAAAUCCUAUCUCCUCGAAGUUGC